AGAUGGAGGGAGAGGUCAGAGAGAGGAUGCUGGUGUCCUACUACAGAUACAGCGCUGCCCGCUCCUCGGCAGACUCCAACCUGGAUGACAUCUGUAAACUGCUGCGGAGUACAGGCUACUCCAGCCAAUCAGGGGCCAAACGGCCAGUCAACUACCCCGAGAGCUACUUCCAGAGAGUGCCAAUCAGUUCCACCUUCGUCAGCAUGGUCAUCGGGAGGCUGCGCUCUGAUGACAUCUAUAACCAGGUGUCUGCGUACCCUCUGCCUGAGCACCGCAGCACAGCGUUAGCUAACCAGGCUGCCAUGCUGUAUGUCUGUCUCUACUUCAUUCCCUCCAUACUUCAGACUCAACAGGCCAAGAUGAGGGAGAUAGUGGACAAGUACUUCCCUGAUAACUGGGUCAUCAGUGUCUACAUGGGAAUCACGGUGAAUCUGGUAGAGGCUUGGGAACCGUAUAAAGCUGCCAAGGUCGCCCUGAACUACACCCUGGACUCAGCCAAUAUCAGAGAGCAGGCCAGUCGUUACUCAGUCAGUAUGGAGGGCCUGAGGCCACAGAUCCAGCAGCUGCUGAAGGAAGGGUUCCUGAGGGAGGAGAUCGUCCUGGAUAACAUCCCCAAGCUGCUCAACUGUCUGCGGGACUGUAACGUCUCUAUCCGCUGGCUGAUGCUCCACACUGCAGACUCAGCCUAUGAUCCCAACAACAAGCGUCUGCGACAGAUCAAAGAUCAGGUGAUCAACGACUCCAAAUACAACCCCAAGAUCCUUUUCCAGUUACUCCUAGACACCGCCCAGUUUGAGUUCACUCUCAAAGAGAUGUUCAAGCAGAUGCUGUCAGAGAAGCAGCUGAAAUGGGAGAGCUAUAGGACCGAGGGGUCUGAGAGGAUGACGGAGCUGGCUGAGGUGUUCUCUGGGGUCAAGCCUCUAACCAGAGUGGAGAAGAAUGAGAACCUGCAGGCAUGGUUCAGGGAGAUCUCUAAGCAGAUAGAGUCUCUGAACUACGAGGACUCCACCGCUGCAGGCAGGAAGACCGUCCAGCUGAUACAGGCCCUCGUAGAGGUUCAGGAGUUCCACCAGUUGGAGUCCAACCUGCAGGUGUGUCAGUUUCUGGCUGACACCAGGAAGUUCCUUCACCAGAUGAUCAGAACUAUCAACAUCAAGGAGGAGGUCCUGAUCACCAUGCAGAUAGUAGGAGACCUGUCCUACGCAUGGCAGAUCAUAGACAGCUUCACGUCCAUCAUGCAGGAGAGUAUCAGAGUGAACCCAUCUAUGGUGACCAAGCUACGAGCAACCUUCCUAAAGUUGGCGUCUGCGUUGGACCUGCCUCUGCUGCGUAUCAACCAGGCUAACAGUCCAGAUCUGCUCAGUGUUUCUCAGUUCUACUCCGGGGAACUGGUGACCUACGUCAGAAAGGUGUUACAGAUCAUCCCUGAGAGCAUGUUCACCUCCCUGGCUAAGAUCAUCAAGCUGCAGAUCCAUGCCAUCAUGGAGGUUCCCACCAGACUGGACAAGGACAAGCUGAAGGACUACGCCCAGCUGGGGGCUCGCUACGAGGUUGCCAAACUCACCCACGCCAUCUCCAUCUUUACUGAAGGGAUUCUGAUGAUGAAGACCACACUGGUUGGAAUCAUCAAGGUGGAUCCCAAGCAGCUCCUGGAAGAUGGUAUCAGGAAGGAGUUGGUGAGAAGAGUAGCCUACGCUCUUCACAAAGGACUUAUCUUUAACCCCAAGGCUAAGACCAGUGAGUUGAUGCCGAAGCUCAAGGAGAUGGCAGCCACCAUGGACGGGUUCUACCGGUCCUUUGAGUACAUCCAGGAUUACGUCUCCAUCUACGGCCUGAAGAUCUGGCAGGAAGAGGUCUCUCGUAUCAUCAACUACAACGUGGAGCAAGAGUGCAACAGCUUCCUACGCACCAAGAUCCAGGAUUGGCAGAGUGUCUACCAGUCGACCCAUAUCCCCAUCCCCAAGUUCCCCUCGGUCGAUGAGUCGGCCACCUUCAUCGGGCGACUCUGUAGAGAGAUCCUCCGCAUCACAGACCCCAAAGUGACGUGUUACAUGGACCAGUUGAACACCUGGUACGACCUGAAGACCCACCAGGAAGUGACCAACAACCGUCUGUUCUCUGAGAUACAGGACACCCUGGGGACCUUCGGUCUCAACGGGCUCGACAGGCUCCUCUGCUUCAUGAUCGUCAAGGAACUGCAGAACUUCCUGUUGGUGUUUCAGAAGACCAUCCUGAGAGACAAGGCUAUGGUGGAUGUCUUUAAAGCCAUGCUGAGCACUGUCAAUCCCGUCAAAGGUAUUGUGGCAAAUGCCAGUAAAGUCUAUGCCAACGCUGUGGCCAAAACACAGAAGAUCUGGGGUCCGUACUUGGAAUCCAUCAUGAAGGUUGGUCAGAUGCAGAUCCUGAGGCAACAGAUCGCCAACGAGUUGAACUACUCCUGCAAGUUUGACUCCAAACACCUCGCCGCUGCCCUGGAGAACCUCAACAAGUCUCUACUGGCUGAUAUAGAAGCCCACUACCAGGACCCCAGCCUUCCCUACCCCAAGGAGGACAACAACCUGCUGUAUGAGAUCACAGCCUCUCUGGAGGCAGCAGGCAUUCACAACCCACUCAACAAGAUCUACAUCACAACCAAGCGUCUGCCUUACUUCCCUAUCGUCAACUUCCUCUUCAUCAUCGCUCAGCUGCCUAAACUGCAGUACAGCAAAAACCAAGGGAUGACGUGCAGGAAAGCCACCGACCCGGUAGACUGGUCUCCUCUGGUUCUCGGCCUUCUCACUCUACUCAAACAGUUCCACUCCAGAUACACAGAGCAGUUCCUGGCUCUCAUUGGCCAAGUCAUACGCUCUGUCAUGGAACAGUGCACCAGUCAGAAGAUCCCGGACAUGCCGUCCGAUGUGGUAGGAGCUCUGAUGUUUCUGGAAGAUUACGUACGAUACACCAAACUGCCUCGCAAGGUGGCCGAGGCCCACGUGCCAAGUUUCAUCUUCGACGAGUUCAGGACAGUCCUGUGAAGAUCUGGAUAAAGGCCUCGAGUUCAGGACAGUCCUGUGAAGAUCUGGAUAAAGGCCCCGAGUUCAGGACAGUCCUGUGAAGAUCUGGAUUAAAGGCCUCGAGUUCAGGACAGUCCUGUGAAGAUCUGGAUUAAAGCCUUGAGUUCAGGACAGUCCUGUGAAGAUCUGGAUUAAAGCCUCGAGUUCAGGACAGUCCUGUGAAGAUCUGGAUUAAAGGCCCCGAGUUCAGGACAGUCCUGUGAAGAUCUGGAUAAAGGCCCCGAGUUCAGGACAGUCCUGUGAAGAUCUGGAUUAAAGGCCUCGAGUUCAGGACAGUCCUGUGAAGAUCUGGAUUAAAGGCCUCGAGUUCAGGACAGUCCUGUGAAGAUCUGGAUUAAAGGCCUCGAGUUCAGGACAGUCCUGUGAAGAUCUGGAUUAAAGGCCUCGAGUUCAGGACAGUCCUGUGAAGAUCUGGAUAAAGGCCUCUUCCUUUAACUUUCUGUUCAUUCAUUUAUUUUGACUUUAAUUAAUCUCUUGGUUGCGUAAUGACCUUUAAUGUGCUAAUGCUUUAGUAACACUGUAAAUAGUUUAAUGGUUUUUAAUAACAUCACGUGCUACCAACUUUGGUAUAAUGUCACUGUGGUAAUAUGUCAUUAAUUAAAUACAAAAUAAGCUUUGAAUAAAUCUAAUGGUAUAUCA